AUGGACUUCAGUAAACUCUCCAUUAGUGAUCGCAAAAUUAUCGUCGGCAUCGACUUUGGCACCACAUACUCGGGCGUAGCAUGGGCAGAGACCCAACGCGCAGAUAGACGAACAGCAAUCACAGCAUGGCCGAUAAGCAAGCACUCUCGUGAGGGAGAAUCCUCCGACAAAGUUCCCACCAAGCUUCGCUACGCAGGUGACGAUGUACAAUGGGGGUUUUCCAUCCCCGUCACUGCUCCCCAGGACGAAGUCCUCGAGUGGUUUAAACUUGACCUCGACCCGUCCCUCCAAAGUAUAGGCCAAGCCAUCACAUCAGACUCCUCCCGCGGCGGCCGAAACGCAGAACACCUCGUCACAGACUACAUGUCCGCCCUAGGCGAGCACCUCAACUACACUCUCCGCGAGAAACUCGGCGACAGCGUAGUGAAAAACACACCCCUAGAAUUUGUCGUCACAGUCCCGGCUAUAUGGAGCGACCUCGCCAAGGAUAAAACCCGACGAGCGUGCCUCAAGGCCACUGGGUUGUCGGCCUCCAGCGCACCCAUCCACCUGAUUUCCGAGCCAGAAGCAGCUGCCAUAUACGCCCUGCACGGAAUGGACCCUCACGGCUUGGAACUCAACGACACGAUUGUAGUUGUUGACGCGGGCGGCGGCACAGUCGACCUCAUCUCCUACACCAUCACGAAGCUUCGUCCCAUUCUGCAGGUUCAAGAAGCGGCGCCGGGGUCCGGAGCCCUCUGCGGCUCAACAUUCUUAAACAUGCGGUUCGCAAAGUUUCUCAAGUCGAAACUCGGCAAGGAGGAAGGCUUUGACGACGAAAUCCUCGCAGAAGCAAUGGAAGUGUUUGAGAAAAAGGUCAAACGUCAAUACACACUCGCCAUGCACCCCGACGAAACAUUCACCAUCCCCGUCGGCGGCCUCGCCAACAACAAAACCCUAGGCAUCACGCGCGGCCGCUACGCCCUCAAAGCAGCCGACCUCCAAACCAUCUUCGAGCCCGUCGUCCUCGAAGUCAUCCGCCUGGUCAACGACCAAAUCACCACGUCCAAAGUCCCCAUCAAGGCGGUCCUCCUGGUCGGCGGCUUCGGCGCAAGCAACUACCUCAAGGAACGACUGCGCAACUCCCUCGACCGGAACAUCCAGAUCAUGCAGCCGCCCAAUGCGUGGCAGGCCGUCGUGCAGGGCGCCGUGAUGAAGGGCCUCGCCAACAGUCUCCCGGACACGGCGUACGUGGAGAUCAAGAACCGCAAGGCGAGGAAGCACUACGGGACGGAGUGGCGGACCAGGUAUGACGAAAGUAUGCAUGGACACUUGGCGCAUAAGAAGCACUGGGAUGGACUGGAGGGCUGCUAUAAAGUGUAUGCCAUGGAGUGGUUUAUUCAACGGGGCGAUGCUGUUUCGGAGAAUGAGCCGUUUUCCACGCCGUUUGUGUGGACUGGCCUUGUUAGUCAGGGGCGUAUUCGUAAGAUCAAGAUGGAGAUUUAUUGUGAUAGGACGCUGCGGGAGGCACCGGUUGCAAGGGACGAUAAUGUCCAGAUGCUGUCCAAGGUUGAGGCGGAUGUUAGCCAUAUCCCGGAGCAUUUGCUGAAUCGGAGGCAGGGCUCGGAUGGGCAGUGGUAUUAUGAGUUGAGUUGUAAGAUUGAGGCGGUGUAUUUGUCCGCGUCGACGACUUAUACGCUUUUGUAUAACAAUCAACGAUAUAAUACUGUUACGUGCGAAUACGUGUAG